GGUAAUAGGAGACAGGAGGGUUGCAGCCACAAAGCAUCUUGGGGGAUCAGUGGAGUGUCCCUCUAAGAACGUGACGUGGCCAGCAGACCAGCUGAAAUGUCUCUACACCAAUGCACACAGCAUGGGCAACAAGCAGGAGGAACUGGAAGCUAUCCUGCUACAGGAAAGCUAUGACAUAGUAGCAAUUACGGAAACUUGGUGGGACGACUCCUAUGACUGGAGUGUGGCCAUCAAUGGGUACAAGCUGUUCAGAAGGGACAGGAGUGGAAGAAGGGGUGGAGGUGUUGCCCUCUAUGUAAAGAAGUGGCUAGAAUGUGAAGAGUUGUUGCUAAAGAGUAGCCAUGACCAGGUUGAAAGUUUAUGGGUAGGAAUUAGGGAUUGGGACAACAAAGGGAGCCUUGUGGUAGGAGUCUACUACAGGCCGCCUGACCAGGCGGAGCCUGUCAAUGAUGCCUUCUUACUCCAGCUUGAGGAGGCAUCACGAUCACAGGCUCUCAUCCUGCUGGGGGACUUUAACCACCCCGACAUCUGCUGGAAAAGCAACACAGCUGGCUGCAGACAAUCCAGGAAGCUCUUAGAGUGCCUAGAUGACAACUUCCUGCGACAAGAAAUUAACAGCCCUACUCGAGGAAAUGCAUUGUUGGAUCUGUUGAUCACAAAUGCAAGUGAAAUCAUCAGGGAUAUCAAAAUUGAAGGUAGCCUAGGCUGCAGUGAUCAUGCCCUAGUGCAGUUCACUGUCCUAAGGAGUUUGAAGCUCACCAGAAGCACAGUUAGGACUCUAAACUUCAAGAAAGCAAACUUCCAGCUUUUCAAGGAGUUAGUUCAACCAUCUCGGCACCGUGGACUGAACCAAGAACGCUGUUGGCUGCUCUGA